UGAAAACAUAAACAAACAUCCAUACUAUAAAAUAAGAAAGAGUAGGUACUAUUCUAUGUCCUAAUGACGUCAUUGCAUGCAGCGUGGGAGAACGAAAAUUGAGAUAUAUACAAAGUUCCUGCAAUACACAAACUUAGAAAAUUUAAGAACAGGAAAACUUAGUUAGCUAGGAAAAGAACUUUUACAAGAAAUUUACUAUAAUGUUGGGAUAUAUUUUUGUUCUCGUGAUUGAAUUACUUGCAGUAUGCAAUGGAAGAAUUUGGUCAGGAAGACCUUUGUAUGUUAUUGAACGCUUUGCUCUACCAGAUAUCAGUAAAAGUGCCCAGUUUCCUCUGAAAGGAGCUGGCGCAGGUGUUCCAUUUAAAAUUACACCACUAGUGUCAUUAUUAAACACAAAACCAUCGGAAAGUUCAGCACUUUUGGCAAAAUCUGAGGAACCAAAAUUAGGUGUAACGGAACCAUUACCAAGACUAGUGAAGACAAUACCCACAGAACACAAAGUGAAGAUCAAGUCACUUCACAAACCAUGUCAUAAAACGGGUUGCUCGAAAGGAUCACAGUGUGUUUACGAAAGAGUGUGGAUGUGCCCUACUUAUAUCCCAGAUCUUAACUGUUACUGUCGACCAGGUUGUGCCGUCGGUAAUACAUUCAUACCAAUGGGAAAGGCUCUGACAAUAGACGAUUGUGGAAACAGGUGUGCUUGUCAAGAUCAAAGUGGCGAGGCUGUAUGUACUAAACUUGAAUGCGUGAAAAUGUCUGACAAAAAGGAGGCAAAAAUGGAUUCCCUUCUUAAAUAUUUGAAAAAGUUGGUGAAAAUAAAUUUGAAAAACGAAGAAAAAACAACAACUCCAAAACCACUGAAGACAAGUGCCAGUGGAAACGCUCUACAACGUAAAUCAACAUCCAACAUAAUAAAUAUGUCAAGACGAAUCGAUCUCAAUACAGAAACAAGAUUUCCGUACAGCCCUCAUAGACCGUUUUAUGUACGGACACUAUGAAAUGACAUUUUUAUGUAAUUCUGCACAUUCUUGAAAUAUUAUAUUGAUAGGCAUGUAUGUUGUUAUAGUCCCAAAUGAGUUUGCAUUAAUAGAUAUAGUGCUGCAUGUAUAAUUUAUCACAGAUCAUGAUCGUGUAUCUGUUCUUGUGUCGUAGAAAGAAGUUAAUUUAUUCAGAUAAUUGUUUUGCAUUUAUUUUUAAUUUUGUCAAUAAAGUUUAAAAAAAAGUAAAA